AUGUUUGUGACCAAGGUGACUUUUGGCCUGUUGGCCCUGCUUCUCGUCUUCUCUGUUAGAGCUGAGGAGAUGGUAAGCACACAAAUUUAUAUCAGAGGCAUUUAUAUCAGCGGCAACAGAGGCAUCAUUCCUGAACCUGAUGAGCCCAAGCUAAUGGAUGACAUUGCGGUGAAUGAGAGAAAUGCUGAUCCCUGCACCUCCUUCGGCUGCCUCUGGCCUAAAUACAGUGACGGCAAGAUUUAUGUGCCUUAUGUCAUCGCCAACCACUAUUCCUCCCGUGAGGUGGAGAUCAUCAAGCGUGGUCUGGACUCUUUCUCCUACAGCACCUGUAUCCACUUCUUCCCCCGCAGCAAUGAGAGAGACUAUAUCAGCAUUGAAUCUCGCAGUGGAUGCUACUCGUAUGUUGGUCGUCAAGGUUACAGCCAGACUGUGUCUCUAGACCGUAAUGGCUGCCUUUACCCCAGCACUGUGCAGCAUGAGCUUCUCCACGCUCUUGGCUUCAACCAUGAACAGACUCGUAGCGACCGUGACAAUCACAUCCAAGUCAUCUGGGAGAACAUCAUUGAUGCAACCGCAGGCCACGCCGCAGCGGUGGCACGCGUGAAGCGGCGGGUAGCAGCACAGACAGGGUGCCAACACCGACAGACCCAACAGGGCCGUCCAGCGAAGGCAGAAACGUUCCUCGCUGGUGUCGCACGAGCACGGGUCCGAGUACUCUCCCUCCGGGUCGGACAUGCAGUGGUAGAGCAUGCUGUCGGCGCACCACAUGAAGCUGACCCGGUGGAUGCAGGUCCGGAUGGGGUCGGGGGCGUCGUGGCACUGCCCGAGCUAAAGACUGAAUUAUCAACCACCCUAACAGCCUAG